CCUCAAUAGUGGCAUAUGCUAUACAACGUCUUGUCUUGACAACCAAUUUGGAAGGCCUGCGCAAAAGCUAAACUAGUGCUUCAUUCAAAACUCUUUUGAGUAAUGGGAGUUUCAGCAGGUGAGCAUCCUCUUCUUGUUUCUUUGAAGGGCAUGGUCCAAGGAAAUGAAGAGACGAUGGAUCAUAUGCCAAAUGAAGCUUUGUGGAACAAGGUCUCGGAAGCACAAACCAAGAGAAGAUGCCCACUGAGGAGACAAAAAAAUGGGCGGCAUGCCAGGAGCAAGAGACCUGGAAGGAUCUUGAUGAAGAGAAGAGCUCGUGCAGAAGGUUCUACUGUAAGGUCAGGAUAUGGCAUCGAGAGAAGAGUUAGAACCCUGAAGAAACUCAUUCCUAAUAGUGAAUCCAUGGGAUUGGAUGGGCUUUUCAGAGAGACAGCUGAUUAUAUUUUGUCUUUGCAAAUGAGAGUUAAAGUCAUGCAGAUAAUGGUUAAGGUUUUAACAGGUUCGGAUGAUGAGUAUUAAACUAAUUCAUUUUGUAAAGGCUAUCAUUCUUCUUCCUUUUUUAAAAAAAAUUUAAAUUUGUUUUUUUUAUAUAUAUAUAAUUUGCUGUCCUCCAUGUUAUUCAUACCCGUAUAUAGGACUUGGUUUUGUAAGUCUAGACAUUUGUGUACGUGUGAUUGCCUAGAUUGAACAACAUGCAUGCAGCUAUGCGUGAGAAGUUACUUAGAGGGAUGGAUGGAUUAUCGAAUUCGCUCAUGUUAUUUUCCACGACUCCUGUAUUGGUUAAUUCAAAUAUCAUGCAUUAAUUCAAUUUUUCCA